CUGUUAUAGGAAAGACACCGGCAUUUUUAGCAUCAUCACUGCUAGCCGGGUCCACUUAGGUACUUUUGUUUUAACGAUUAGUGCAGUAUUUUUAUUUUUUACUUUUUGUUUACACUAUGCCUGGUUAUUCGGACAGAGAUCGUGGGAGAGAUAGAGGGUAUGGCGGUGGACCACCGCGUUUCGGGGGUAGCAGGAGUGGGGGGUCCUCCGGAAAGUACGGCAAUCCGGGCGAAAGAUUGCGCAAGAAGCACUGGAACCUUGAGGAACUCCCCAAGUUCGAGAAGAACUUCUACCAGGAGCACCCUGAUGUGACCCGCCGGUCAAAUCAAGAGGUUGAAGAGUACAGGAGAAGUAAAGAGAUCACGGUGAAAGGUAGAGAUUGCCCAAACCCUACAAUGAAGUUCCAUGAAGCUAGCUUCCCAACGUACGUGAUGGAUGUAAUCACCAAGCAGAACUUCACAGAACCCACGCCCAUCCAGGCUCAGGGCUGGCCCUUGGCUUUGAGUGGCAAGGAUAUGGUGGGAAUUGCGCAGACAGGAUCUGGCAAAACCCUUUCGUACUUGUUGCCAGCCAUUGUCCAUAUUAACCACCAGCCUUUUCUGGAGCAUGGGGAUGGCCCAAUUUGCCUGGUUUUGGCCCCGACUCGAGAGUUGGCACAGCAAGUUCAGCAGGUUUCUGCUGAAUACGGGAGAGCUUCCCGGCUGAAAUCCACCUGCAUCUAUGGCGGUGCCCCAAAAGGACCACAGAUCCGUGACUUGGAGCGAGGGGUGGAGAUCUGUAUUGCAACUCCCGGACGUCUCAUUGACUUCCUGGAGGCAGGAAAGACUAACCUUCGACGUUGCACUUACCUGGUUCUGGAUGAGGCUGACCGGAUGCUGGACAUGGGGUUUGAGCCACAGAUCCGGAAAAUCGUGGACCAAAUCAGGCCUGAUAGACAAACGCUCAUGUGGAGCGCCACCUGGCCCAAGGAGGUGCGGCAGCUGGCUGAGGACUUCCUGAAGGAGUACGUGCAGAUCAAUGUGGGCGCUCUGCAGCUGAGCGCCAAUCACAACAUCCUGCAAAUCGUUGAUGUCUGCAAUGAUGGAGAGAAGGAUGACAAACUUCUUCGUCUACUGGAGGAGAUCAUGAGCGAGAAGGAGAACAAGACUAUCAUUUUUGUGGAGACAAAGCGGCGAUGUGACGACCUCACAAGGCGCAUGAGAAGAGAUGGCUGGCCAGCAAUGGGCAUCCAUGGUGAUAAGAGUCAGCAGGAGAGGGACUGGGUUCUGAAUGAGUUUAAAUUUGGAAAGGCGCCCAUCCUUAUUGCCACAGAUGUUGCUUCAAGAGGUCUCGAUGUGGAAGAUGUGAAGUUUGUUAUCAAUUACGACUACCCCAACUCCUCUGAGGAUUACAUCCACCGCAUCGGCCGCACGGCCCGCAGCCAGAAGACGGGCACCGCCUACACCUUCUUCACCCCCGGCAACAUGAGGCAGGCCAGUGACCUGGUGUCCGUGUUGCGUGAGGCAAACCAAGCCAUCAAUCCAAAGCUCCUCCAGAUGGCAGAAGACAGAGGAGGUCGUUCAAGGGGGGGAAGAGGUGGCGGCUAUAGGGAUGAUCGACGGGACAGGUACUCUUCGAACAGGAGGGAUUUCGGCAGCUUUAGGGACCGAGACGGUGACAGGGGAUUUGACAGCGGACCAAAAAAGGCAUUCGGCACCAGCACGCAGAAUGGAGGCUACGCGGCCGGCGGUUAUGACACCGGCAUCAGCGCUAGCAGUGCUGCCUACGCGGCGGCCUACAGCAGUAACGGACAGGCAGCCUUUACCGCCAGCCAGGCCGCUGCAUUUGGGGCCCAGAACUUCCAGAACCAGCAGUUUGCUGCAGCCCAGGGUGCUGCCCCCGACGUCAUGGCCCACCCCCAAUUCCCGUUCAACCCCCAGCAGCCUCCACAGCAGCCCCCACAGCCGAUGGUCCCUUACCCCCUGCCCCCAGCAUUCCCUCAGUGAAAUAUGCACACUGUAGGGGUAAUUUAUUGCUUUAUCCUAAAAGUUCAAUAUCCUUUACCCAAAAAUUGUACUUGUUCUGUUUUUUGAUUAUUUUUUUUUACAGCAGGAUCGAUACAACAUUCUACACCUCUAACAAAGGGUCAUGUGAUCUAUGGGGCAGCCAUAGUAACGGUGCACUCAUUUUACUAUUUAAUUUUUAUUACAUUCCGCUGUAACCUUAGUCAAUCUUUUUGUACUAGUCAAUGCAAGCCCUCCUGGUUUAUUGUAAUGUUGGAAGUGAUAUGUUUGGAUCUUAACACGAGGCACUGCAUGGCCUUUGAAAUAAAACAAAAAGGAAUCA